AUGAGCGAAGUUCAGAAUACCGUGCCCGCCGCGGCAUCAACUCCCCAACAACAGCCGCAAGGCACUCCUAUUCAGCAAAAUCCCCCAACUCCCGCUUCUGUCGCCGGUGGUUCGGGCGAUCAGCUCGUCUGCCAGUGGCAGAGCUGUGGCGAUCGUCUGCCAUCCGCUGAGCAGCUCUACGACCACGUCUGCGAGCGUCAUGUUGGUCGCAAGAGCACCAACAAUUUGAACUUGACCUGCCAGUGGGGUAACUGCCGCACCACCACGGUCAAGCGCGAUCACAUCACUUCUCACAUCCGUGUUCACGUGCCGCUGAAGCCGCACAAGUGCGAUUUCUGCGGCAAAGCUUUCAAGCGUCCUCAGGAUCUCAAGAAGCACGUGAAGACUCACGCCGAUGACUCCGUCUUGCUCCGAUCACCUGAGCCAAACCGCGGAGGUCCUCACGGCGCUCAAGGCUACCCAGGCCAGAACGGCAAACUGGUCGCUGACUUGCAGGCGCUUGCCGCUACAGCCAACGGAUACCAGUAUCCCGAUGGUGCGCUUGGUCCCAAUGGCGGCUACGGCCAACAGCAUCCGGGUGGUGCUCCAGCUGGCUUCUAUGGAGGACCUCCCCAGAACUCUGCCUAUGGACCAGUCUACUAUGCCGUGAACCAGUCACAGCAGCUCAACAACGACUACGAAAUUAGGAAGCGUGCAGCUUACGACGCUCUCAAUGAGUUCUUUGGCGAUGCUAAGCGCCGCGCAAUUGACCCCACCACUUACUACGACGUUGGCCAGCGACUAAUGGGCCUCCAAGGCGUUCAGCUUCCAGUUCUCGGAGGUGGCGGUGGUGGCUACCAGGGUGGCGGUAUGUCCGAGUACGGCGGCCACGGAGGCACCAUGGUCGCUCAAGCGCAGCACCCUCCCAUGCACCACCCCUACUCAUUACCGCUCCCCAACCUCAGGACCAAGAGCGAUCUCCUGAAUAUUGAUCAGUUCUUGGAGCAGCUACAGAGCACCGUCUAUGAGAACCCCAACCACGCCGCAGCCGCAGGUAUUGCUCAUCCCAGCCACUACAUCCACACUGGCCAUGGUUACCGCUCCAGCAACUCACCACCGGGUCUGUCCUCCAGCCACUCGCAGUCUUCUCAUGCCUCUGCCAUUGGAUCUACUACUGUCGAGACUCCCGCUUUGACUCCAGCCUCCAGCGUUCUUUCAUACGGCUCGCAGCAUUCUCCUGGUGCAUCGCAUGGAGUCUCUCCAUCGUCGCGGUCAUCAAUGAGCAGCAUGUAUCCUACCCUUCCUUCAGUCAGCGCCAUGUCCGACAUGUCCACUGCUGCCCCAUCUUCAGGGCUUGCACCAGCAUUUGACAACGACAACCGCCGACGAUUCUCUGGCAACCUUCUGCAAAAGGCUGCUCCAGAUCGGUCCGCGACUGACUCAAUGGAUACUUCAAGCGACUGUGCGUCUCCCAAGGACCGUGACUCUGAGCAAGACAGCCUGCACCACAAUGUCAACCAACUAGCUCUCCACUCACCCAAGGUUGACCCCGCUCUUCGGUCACCUAGUGUGGCUUCAUCCUCUGCCACGGAGACAGGUGACUCGUCUCAGCAAUCUUGGGUUGAGAACAUCCGAGUAAUUGAGAGAUUACGAGCAUACCUCAAGGAUAGGCUCGAUGCACAGGACUUCUCAGAUGACGAGGAAGACGUCAAGCAUGAACACGAGCGCCGCAUGAGCGAUGACGAUGCUCACAACUUGUACCCGGUAUUACGUGCUGUGCAAGAAGGCCGAGAGUAGUCGUGGUGUCGCCACGAGGAGGUCAUGAUACUAUGCGGAGUUUAGGUGGCAAGUUGGCGUCAGGGAGUUCUUCAGGAACCAUGGUUGGCACUGUCGGAAAGAUGGUUUGGGUUUUUUGGGUGACACAGCGAUGUCUUCUUUCUGUUCUUUAUACGGUCACUACUAGGGAUCAAGCCUUCAUCGGCUGGCUUCGGUAUACGUCUGUUAGUCACAAUAAGCAUUUUCCAAUUGUUCAAUACGUUUGCGUUUG